AUGAUAGCCCGCCCUGUAAUGUUGGCAUUGACUAUCCUUCUAUUUGAUAAUACAACCGCUCUUAGAGAACCUGUUUAUCGGUUAUGUUGGAGGAAACGGGAUAUUGAACCGGUUCCAAGUUUGAAAUUGGAGAUAUUCAAGUUGAAUAAUUCAAAGGGUAGUUUAGCAGGGCCAAACUCUGAACCAAUACCAGUUCAGACACCACCAGUCCAGCAACCAAAAUUAUUAGAAAGAACAAAAAGAAAAAACGUAAAGAAAGAAACAAUUUUAAUUGGACCAGUAUUUGGUGGUGUAUUAUUUCUUGCUUUUAUCAUUUGUUUCUUUGUUUUUAAUCAGAGGAGGAGAGGAAAGAAGGACUCGAUUAUUACCAAGGCCAAAUCCUUUCGAGUCCCUUUUCCUCACACUUCAAGAUCCACGACCAGAAAUUCUGCUCCAAAUCCUUCUAAUCAAUUCCGUCGGUUCUCAAUUUUCGAAAUUGAAGUAGCCACAUCCAAAUUCGACGACGAAUUCGUUAUUGGCUCCGGUGGAUUUGGAAAUGUCUACAAAGGAUCCAUCGAUGAUGGCGCCUUUACUGUCGCAAUCAAGCGAUUACAUUCAUCAUCAAAACAGGGAGCUCGCGAGUUCAAAACAGAAAUCCAGAUGCUUUCCAAGCUCCGUCACACGCAUCUUGUGUCUCUAAUAGGAUACUGUGAUGAUCCAGGCGAGAUGAUUCUAGUAUACGAGUUCAUGCACCGCGGGACUCUCCGUGAUCAUCUCUACAAAACCAAAAACCCUCCUCUUAAAACCAAAAAAAAACCCUCCUCUUCCAUGGAAGCAAAGACCUACAGAUCUGCAAUCGGAGCUGCACAUGGACUGCAAUCAAAUCUCCAUAAAGGUGCGAAACACCCGAUCAUUCCACGCGCGGUCGUCAAGUCAACGAACAUACUGAUAGAUGAGAACUGGGUGGCUAAAGUUUCUGACUUUGGCUUGUCAAGAAUGGGUCCCACUAGCCAGUCCCAAACUCACGUCAGCACUGUUGUCAGGGGUAGUAUUGGGUAUGUAGAUCCAGAGUAUUAUCGUAGGCAACACCUCACUGAAAAAUCUGACGUGUACUCGUUCGGAGUUGUUCUAUUGGAGAUAUUAUGUGCUAGGCCACCUGUAAUUCCAGGAUUGCCCAAAGAGCAAGCGAAUUUAGCUGAUUGGGCUAGAAUCUGCUAUAGAAGAGGUGUACUCGAUCGAAUAAUGGACCCGCACUUGAGAGGUGAUGCUGAUCCUGCCUGUUUGGAGAAAUUUGGAGAGAUUGCGGAGAGCUGUUUGCGUGACAAUGGAGCACAAAGACCUGGAGUUAGCAUUGCAGCUUCAAGAGACGGCAGAGAAGAGUAGAAAUAGUAGUGUUGAGAGUGUGGGUGAAGAGCAGGAAAGUCCAUUGUUGUUGCGUCGGGAAGCUGUUGUAACUACCGAUGAUGAUGAUAUAUUUAGCGUUUCAGGCGAACAAAAGUAGGACUCCAAGAGCACAGUUAGUAGUGGUGAAGGGAGUGAAGGGAGUGCUGCUAAACUUGAUCCUGUUGGAUUUAAGUCUAAGUCUGUAUUUUCGGAAAUUAUGAAUCAAAUGGGAAGAUGAAAAUUGUAGUUAAAUCCAAUUGAUUUAAGUCUCUGGUAUGCUUAUUACAGUCUAUCAAAUUUUGCAUGGUUUUAGAAAGGAAUCCUGAGAGUAAAUGCUGAUGAUCUUUUUCCAAUUUGUAGUUACUAUAAGAAUGGAAAAAAUUUGUUUAUACUCGACAAUGUGCUGUUACAGACAAUAAGACCUGCUCUGUUUUUGAUUUCUUAAAAAA